AUGGGCGGUGAGGAGGCAAAAGCAGAGAUUGUAGAUGGAACGACAGAAGGUCAAGAGGAGGACGAAAGACGUAUACCCUCCACUGACGGGCCAUCGGCCGUUCAUGAUGUCGCCAGUCUUCGACUUUACCGGCCUACAGUCGAUAUUGACUAG